AUGGAAAAAUUAUCGUGCAUGGCUAGAAAAUAUGGGAUUUACAUUGUUGUUAAUUUACCGGAAACAAGACUAGUACCGGAUACCGAAACAAAUCAACAAAAAACGUUAAAAUAUAACACGAAUGUUGUUUUCGAUAGACAGGGAACCGUUGUUGCCAGGUACGCAAAAUAUAAUUUAUUCGAUGAAAUCACAACGAACAAACCUGAUAAACCUGAAAUGUCAUUUUUUUUAACGGAUUUCGGAGUUCAUUUUGGUACUUUCACAUGUUUCGACAUUUUAUUUCAAGAACCGACUUUGAUGCUUAUCAAACAAUACGGAAUAAGUAAUUUUGUAUUCACGUCUCAAUGGUUUAGCGAACUUCCCUUUUUGACAGCCAUUCAAACGCAAAAAGGAUGGGCAGAAGUCAACGAUGUUAAUUUACUCGCGGCCGGAUAUAACGAUCCGAGAAAAGGAAGCACGGGAAGUGGGAUUUACCACGGGAAACACGGGUCACUAACACAAUACAUGUCGAGCAAAAAAGGAAGCGUCGUACUCAUAGCGGAUGUACCCGUGUACGAUUUUAAACGCGUGGAAAAACCACAGCCGAAAGAAAAAAAUUCGAGCGUGAUAAGUCGAUUGAUUGAAAAAACAAAAUCGGAAAAUAAAAUAACAAAUUUAACGGUCGAUGAUUUCAAAUUGUUAUCCGAUCAAAUAGAAUUGUUCGAAUCGGCGAAAAUAGAAAGCGGAAUGGAUUUCGAAACGGAAAUAUGCAGUCAUAGAAAUUUUUGCUGUCAGUUCAAAGUUCGAAUGGAUAAAAGAAUAACAAAAGACGGCGACGGCGACGACAACGGAGUCAAUUACAGAGCAGUCGUAUUUAACGGUGUGAGAAAAUUCGGUUUGACAACAACGGGAGGAGUUCAAGUUUGCGGCGUUGUAUUUUGUAACGGUCCGAAAUUGUCUAAUUGCACGACGCGCGGACUCAAAUCGAAAAAAUUAUACGAAUUUACACGGUUGGAAAUAAAGGGAAAUUUCAAAUUGAGAAAUUCGUUGCAGUUUCCGUCGACACUAACGGAAAAACAAGAACUCGAACCUUUGCCCCCCCAUAAAUAUUUUUACAAAACGGUUGAAAAUGACGAUGAGAAAGUCGUUACGAUGAAACUCGAUUGGCCGGUCGAUGAUUUAUUAACCUUCGGUAUUUGGGGAAGAGAUUUUACGGUUGAUGGUAAACCGCCAUCUUUACCCGUUUCGAACGCAUCCAAACAAUCAUCAUUAUUAAUAUUAAUUUCCGGUGUUUCGAUUGUUUUAUUAUUGUUCAAUCGUUGA